AUGUCGUUGAACUGGAUUGAUUUGCAACAGGAGAGCUUUGAGAAGCUCAAGGCUAUACUGACUCAGGCCCCUGUUCUAAUACAGCCAGAGUCUGGAAAAGAGUUUACUGUUUACAGCGACGCAUCACAUGUCAGUUUAGGAUGCGUAUUGAUGCAAGUGGGUAAGGUGGUAGCAUACGCUUCUCGUCAGCUUAAGACUCAUGAGGCGAAUUAUCCGACGCAUAACUUGGAGUUGACCGCAGUAGUUGGGAGUGGGAAUACCGAGAAUUUUGGACUGAAUAACGAAAGGGUACUCUAUUUUCGUGGGAGAAUCUGUGUACCAAAAGAUAUUGAAUUGAGGCAGUCUAUACUAUGA